AUGUGGCAACUUUGUUUAGCGCAGCGGCCAGAAAGUUGCCACUUUCCGGCCGGAGGGCAGAAAACUUAUUUGCAAUUAAGAUCCAUGAAAUCAUUUCCAAACUUGUAUAUGUCCAAAAAUCCAGUUUUUACAAAAUAUUAUGCACCGUGGACCCGGAAGAACUGGGCCCUGAAAAAGAAAUUUGACAAAAUCAGACGGAGAAGAAUAAGAACGGAAAAAAGAAUUAAUGCCUCUGAACAAAUGGACGAAGUAACCGAAAACGAUUUAAUUCCUACUUACAAAAUUUUUGGAGUUAGUUUGAUCAUUGCUAUAAUAAUCGAAAAAAUGUUCACUCAUUCUAAAACCGAACAUAAGCAAACAAUGUCAAGAGUUGAACCAAAAAUUGAGCGCUCCAAGCGCCAAAAGAUUCUCAAAAAACACAAGCGAAAUCGUAAUAAAAGAUCAUGGUAUCCGUGA